AUAACAAUUCAAUUCAAUUGGAGUGGUGCAGUCGAGGUGAAGAAAGGAGAAAGGAAGGAAAGUCAAGCAAAUUCAGGAAGAAUCUGACUUUUUCAUCAUAGGUUACUUGAUGCAGUAAGAUAACAAUGGAUGUUGUUAAAGAAGUAAGGCUUAUGGUCAAUGGUUUGGAAUAUGUCGUUGUCAACCCUGAUCCUGAUUUGUACCUCACAGAUUGGCUGAGAGACAAGGCUUUCUUAAAAGGUGUAAAGAAGCUUUGUGAUGAAGGAGGCUGUGGUAGCUGCAUAGUUGCAAUUUCAAAAGAUGAUCCAAUUGCUCAUCCACAGUCAAUUGUUGCUGUUAAUUCUUGUCUUCAGCCUGUUAUUUCUCUUGAUGGCUAUCACGUUAUUACUGCUGAAGGCCUUGGAAGCAAAAAAGAUGGCUUCCACAAAAUUCAAGAAACAUUUGCAGAACAGUUUGCCAGUCAAUGUGGAUUUUGCACUCCUGGGAUUAUAAUGAAUGGAUUCAGCUAUCUUGCCAAUGAUUCAAAUGGAAGAAGCAAGGAAGAAAUUGAAAAGUCAUUGGAUGGAAAUAUUUGCCGGUGCACAGGCUAUAGGCCAAUAUUAGAUGCCAUGAAGAGUUUCUCAAAAGAUGCAGGGGUAAUUGAUAUUGAGGAUUUUCGUAAGAUCAAGUGCUGCAUGAAAAACUGCACGAAACAAAAGCCAAAACUCGUUGACCUCAGUCUAGAAAAGCUUUCGACUAGCUCUUGGUACAGCCCAGAGUGUCUCAAUGAACUUUUUGCAACGCUGAAAAAGCUCAAUGGAAAAGCAAUCAAGCUUACAUCAGGAAAUACAGGAGUCGGAAUUUUCAAGAAUGAGGGCUCUUUCGAUGCUUAUGUUGGCCUAAAGCGAGUAAAGGAGUUAAGAGAAAUGAAGAUGUCUGAAAAUGAGGUUGAGGUUGGGGCAUGUGUGACGCUUUCUGAUCUGAUCUUGUUUCUCAAGAAAAACUUUACACAAUCAACUGCAUUUUCAUCAGUUGUGGAGCACCUUGAAAAGGUUGCAUCUCUUCCAAUCAGGAAUGUAGCUACAUGGGCAGGCAACAUAAUGCUUGUUAAUCUUCAUAAACAUUUUCCAUCUGAUGUCUAUGUUAUCUUCAGUGCCAUUGGUGCCAAACUGAAGAUUGCUGACACUACUGGCGUGACUUCGUACUUCAGCAUGGAAGAAUUCUUCACUUGUGACAUGUCGCACAAGGUCAUUGUUUCUGCGUCCUUACCUGUUUGCAAGGCUGACGAUGUUCUGAAAACCUUCAAAGUUAUGCCAAGAAAACAGAAUUCUUAUGGAUAUGUCAACGCUGGAUUUUAUGCCACUUUUGAUAAAAGCAAGUUACUGUUUACAAAGAAGCCUCGUUUGAUUUUUGGAGGUGUUGGCCUCGAAAUGCUAAGAGCAACUGAUUUGGAAAACUUUUUGGAAGGAAAAAAUCUCGACGAGCCAGACCUUUUUGCAAAUGCUGCUAAAAUGUUGCAAAACUGCUUGAAACCAAACCCAGAAAACAAACUAGUCAAUUUCGACUACUGCAAAAAUGUUGCAGUGAACCUUCUUUACAAGUUUUGCCUGUUCUUGAACGAAGGGAGAUCAUCAAAGAGAUCCUUAAGUGCCAUUGAAAACUUCGUCUCUCCUGUUUCGUCUGGUGCACAAACAUUCCAUGUUUCAGAGGAUGAAAAUUCAUCUGUUAACAAGCCAUUCAUCAGAAUUGAAGGCAAAGUCCAGGCAUCUGGAGAAAACCAGUAUGUUGGGGACAUUCCUCUUCUUCAAAACGAGGCUUAUGCUGCAUAUGUGCUAUCUCCUGUGGCCAGUGCAACUCUGGAGGGUAUUGAUCUAUCUGAAGCCAAGAACCACCCUGGUUUUAUUGCGUCCAUUUCUGCUAAAGAUGUCCCUGGAGUGAAUAAUUGGAGAGGUCAGCCCUCUUUUGAAGAGAUUUUCCCUACUAAAGAAAUAUCAUACUAUGGCCAACCAAUAGCUCUUGUCAUUGCAAAUUCACAAAGAAAUGCAGAAAAAAUUGCCAAAAUGGUUAAAGUCAAGUACAGUAAUGUGAAAGAGCCAGUUACGACAUUGGAGGAGGCGAUUAGAAAAAAAUGUUUCCACCCUACUCGCUUUCCAGACAUUAAAGUUGGAGACACAGAUGCCGCUUUUACGCAGUGUGAUCAUGUAGUUGAGGGUGAAGCUAAAUGUGGAUCACAACAUAAUUUUUACAUUGAGCCACAGACCUGUCUAGUUGUGCCUCAGGAUAUUGGCUAUAAAGUAUACAGCACUACUCAGUGCUCCAGACUUGUUCAAGAAUAUGUAUCACGUGCUCUUGGAAUGAAAGCGAGCAGCAUUGAUAUCCACGUGCCUCGUCUCGGUGGUGGUUUUGGCGGGAAAAUCGAAUACCCUUCCAAAAUAGCAAGCGCUGUUGCUGUUGCUGCUCACACUUUGGACAGGCCUGUUCGUAUGACGAUGACAUUAUCUGACAAUCUGAAUAUGGUUGGCAAGCGUGCUCCGUUCAUAGCCAAAUACAAGGUUGGCUUCUCUAAGGAAGGAAUGCUCCAGGCAUGCGAUGUGAUACUUUACAAUGACUCUGGGAUCGCAGGCGACAAUUAUGAUGGUUACCUAGCUGGACAAUGUCUUGAUAAUGCAUAUUAUUGCCCCAACUGGAACAUUCGUAACAUAGAUUGCAAGACCAACACGCCUUUCAAUACAUUUGUGCGUGCACCAGGACACGUGCAAGGAAUGUUUAUUGGUGAAACAAUCAUUGAACAUGUUGCAUCAUUUCUUGGAAAAAACAACUCAGUUCAGAUAAAAGAAUUGAAUCUUUACAAAAAUGGACAGGUGUCAAAGAGUGGGGUAGAGAUUUCAAACUGCUUACUUGACAAGAUUUGGAAUGAUAUAAAGAUUACAUCAGACUACGAUCAAAGAAAAAGUCAGAUUGAGCAGUUCAACAAGGAAAACCGAUGGAAGAAGAGAGGCAUUUCAAUGAUGCCUCUGAAGUAUGACACGGCAUAUGGAUCCUUCAAUUUCACAGUCGUUAUCUCAAUCUACCAUGCAGAUGCAACAGUUGCGGUAUCCGUGGGAGGCAUCGAGAUGGGCCAAGGAAUGAAUUCAAGAGUUUGUCAAGUCGUGGCCAAUCAGCUGCAGAUACCAAUGGAUCUAAUCACAGUUAAGCACCAUUCAACCAUAACAACUCCUAAUUGCUCGACAAGUGGUGGAAGUAUAGCAUCCGAAAUAAAUUGUCUGGCUGCCCACAAAUGCAGUGAGGUCCUCAUAGAGAGGAUGAAACCAGUAAAAGAGAAGAAUCCAGGAGCUUCUUGGCUAGAGCUGGUGAAAGCUUGUGCUAAAGAAAAAGUUGAAUUGUCUUGUCAAUACAUGUUCUUUGCUCCGGACAAGAAGUCAUUUGCAUACUCCAGUUACGGAGCAGCAUGCUCUGAAGUUGAAAUAGAUGUGCUUACGGGGGAGCAUUGGAUAUUGAGAUCGGAUAUUAUAUUUGACUGCGGAGAAAGUGUCAACCCCCAGAUUGACAUAGGUCAAAUUGAAGGUGCUUUCGUAAUGGGCAUUGGCUAUUGGUUCACUGAAAAGAUUGCUUAUGAUGAAAAAACAGGGAAACAACUGACGACAAGUACUUGGAACUACAAACCCCCGAUGUCACAAGAUAUACCGAAAGAUUUUAGAGUCAAAUUGAAUCAUGAUGCAGUUAACCCCAUCGGGUACAUCAGAUCAAAAGCGAUUGGUGAGCCUGGAAUUUGUAUGGCGUCAACAUGCCUAUUUGCUGCUAAAAAAGCCAUUGAAGCUGCCAGAUCGGAACUUGGUAAAUCCGCAGAGUAUUUCCAGCUUGAUGGUCCUGCAACGGUGGAUAGGAUUCAAGCUAUGUGUCAAGUUUGUCAGACAGAUUUGACAAUGUAGAGAAGAAAUAAAGAGAUGAAGUUAGUCGCUGAUUUUUAAUGGGAGCGUAUAUUUUUAUAGUUGAUCUUUAUAACACUUGAAGAUCGAUGGUUUACAAAGUAACAAUAUUCCGCCCUAGCAGCGCAAAAAACGAUCAAGAGUUUAGAAAAAAUCUCAACCUUCCUCCGGAUGAAAUUUCCCCUUUUUGCUUUCCACAAAAUUUCCUACUUUAUUUUGAACAAAAGUUUCUUAGAUUUGGUAUUUAAGUAAAAUCAUCUAUGCUUUGGCCUUUUUGCUUUGUCAGGAGAAACGAAAAGUUAAAGUACAACAGUAAAUUCCGCUCAUUGUAUCCAUUCUUAUCAAGCUAUGCAUUGCCCUUCCUCAAAACUACUGCGUCGUUGGACAACCUUUCUUCGGCGCACAUCCGUGAAACCGUUAUGUUCCUGGGCUUUGAAUGAAAACACUGUUAUAGCUGAUGUUACUUUGUUGCCAAUUUUGAAACCUUUUUUAAUUUAUCUUUCUCAUGUGUUCACGUAAACAUUUUUCAACCGAUUUUGCAUUAUAGGGACCAUAUUGCGUUUUUUAUAAUGAUGAACGUGAUAUCGGUAUAUAUGUAGUCCAUUUGAUAUCAAUCAAACUGCACAAUUUUCAUUUUUUCCUAGUUCCUUCUCUGUUUAGACCUAAAAAGCUCAAUACUGAUUCCAAUAUUUGACCAGUCAUAAUGUACAAAUCUAACAGGACUUAUAAGACCAUUAGAGAAUAUAUGCUAGCAGCAUUUUCUAUCUCUGAAUGUAAGUAUUGGGCUGAAUUGCCGUUUAACUUAGAUUCGGUUGUAUAUACAACGGCUGUGCAAGACACACUGUUUGUGGGACAAAUUUAAAAAUGCUAUUUUGCAGCCACCGCACACCAAUCUAAUCGUUAUUAUAAAAGCUAGGGAUCGUAAUGCUUAAAUUUGUGCUUUGCAACUAAAAUUAUCUUCUGUGCUGCUCAAAAUUUUUCCAGAAUGUUUGUUGGCUCCCCAAGUUUGCUUUGUGUGCCAGGCCAGGUGUAUUAAGUUUAUGGGGCCUCAGUUGGUUAUUCCUAUAAAAUUUUGGCUAUUUUGUUCCAAUGUUUACAUUAGGUUAGUUUUUUCGGCAGAUAGCAGAUGCUUUGAGGGCUUCAAUUACCCGGAAAUCUAUUUCGUUCCUGCAUCAUGUUUGGGAUAUGGCACAAAUUCAUCUUUGUAGGACGGGGGGCGUUUUUGGAGUUCCCUUUUUACUACAAACAGCACUUUCUCUCGCACGGUGGGGCCACUCUCUUGUGAUGACAAAAAAGACACAUACGUGUUCACACCACUCCACCCACCUUCCCCCUUUUUCUGGGGGUUAUCUUAUUAUAGAGGGAGUAAGGUGGUGUGUUGAUGUAUUGUAUUGACAGCUUAACAGUGAGCAGUCUAAUGGUAUUAAUGGUUGAAAUUGUUGUUGCAUAACAUUGGUAUGCCAGUCAGCUUCGUUUCAGCUUCAAAUGAAUUCAAUAAUGAACUGUGAACAGUGGUAGAUUAAAGAACUCUCACGACUACAGUAAACUACGCUUGGAUGUACAAAACCACUGAAAACUUUAAAAACGUCGUUAUAAUCAAGUUAAACUUGCAAGUACUAUAAACUUUAAAUCAUAUUUUCAAAAAUGAAAAUCAUUAAAUGUGACAAAAAUGUACGACUAGCGUACGUACGUGUACGAAGAUCUUAUAAACAUUAUCUCUUAUACGAUACACCAUCAUAUUAUAACCUCGUUUAUAUGAA